CAGGAAACACUGGGGGACACUUUUUCUGCCUCUCUGGUGUGGACUGUAUUGCAGCUGAAUCCCUAAGGGAGGGGGGGUGAACUCUUCUGUCACAUUCUGCAUUCCUUUCUGAGGGAAAACGAAAGCUUUUCUCCCAGUGUCCGGGCCGCUCUGUUUGAGCCGAGGGCCCCACGAUGCAAGAAAAUACCUGUAGCGGAGAAAGCCAGAUGGAAAGCGUGUCGGACUCCUCCUUGUCUCCUGACGGAUGUUCGCUCACCUGCUUUGAGCCCUUCACAGUGCGGAGGCUCUCGUGUCGCAGUGUGCAGCUGCCGCCACUGGCCUUCCGCCAGGCUGAGCAGUACUACUGCGAGAGAAGGCCAGAGACAGAGACGGCACAGCCGCGACCCACCAGCCUCCCCCUGAGAGCUCCACCGCUCAUCGCCAUCACCUCUGCAGAGAACAGCAGUUUUGAUGUGGAUAAUGGAACGUCGUCAGGACGCAGCCCGUUGGACCCGAUGGCCAGCCCAGGCUCGGGUCUCAUCCUGCAGGCCAACUUUGUGCAUAGCCAGCGGAGGGAGUCGUUCCUGUACCGCUCCGACAGUGACUAUGACCUCUCACCAAAGUCCAUGUCGAGAAACUCCUCCAUCGCCAGUGACAUACAUGGAGAUGACAUGAUUGUUACCCCUUUUGCACAGGUCCUGGCUAGCUUGAGAACUGUACGGAAUAAUUUUUCAGCACUGACGAAUGUACAACAAGAACGAGCCUCCAACAAGAGAUCGCCGAUGUGUAACCCUCCCCCCAUCACAAAGACUACAUACACAGAAGAGGCCUACCAGAAGCUGGCCACCGAGACACUGGAGGAGCUCGACUGGUGCCUAGACCAGCUGGAGACCCUGCAGACCCGGCACUCGGUCAGCGAGAUGGCCUCUAACAAGUUCAAGAGGAUGUUGAACCGAGAGCUGACCCACCUGUCUGAAAUGAGCCGCUCUGGAAACCAGGUGUCUGAGUUCAUCUCUAAUACUUUUUUAGACAAGCAGCAUGAAGUGGAAAUGCCGUCUCCACAGUCACAGAAGGACAAAGAGAAGAAGAAGCGGCCGAUGUCCCAAAUCAGCGGCGUGAAGAAGCUCACUCACAGUUCCAGCCUCACCAAUUCCAACAUCCCUCGCUUUGGAGUCAAGACAGACACAGAGGAAUCACUGGCCAAGGAGCUUGAAGAUGUGAACAAAUGGGGCCUUAAUGUUUUCAAAGUCACAGAGUUCUCUGGCAACAGACCUUUAACAGUUAUGAUGUACACAAUAUUCCAGGAGAGAGACUUAUUAAAAACAUUUAAAAUUCCACUUGACACUUUUAUAACGUAUCUGAUGACGUUAGAAGACCAUUACCAUAGCGAUGUUGCCUACCACAACAACAUCCACGCUGCCGACGUGACUCAGUCCACUCAUGUGCUGCUCUCCAGCCCUGCUCUCGAGGCUGUUUUCACAGAUUUAGAGAUUCUUGCUGCCAUAUUUGCCAGCGCGAUACAUGAUGUCGAUCAUCCUGGCGUCUCCAACCAGUUCCUCAUUAACACUAACUCUGAGCUGGCUCUGAUGUAUAAUGACUCGUCUGUGUUGGAGAACCAUCACCUGGCUGUGGGCUUUAAGCUGCUGCAGGAGGAGAACUGUGACAUCUUCCAGAACCUCACCAAGAAACAGAGACAGUCGCUGCGCAAGAUGGUCAUCGACAUAGUUCUGGCGACGGACAUGUCGAAACACAUGAAUUUACUGGCAGAUCUUAAAACCAUGGUGGAGACAAAAAAAGUCACCAGCUCUGGAGUACUGCUGCUGGAUAAUUAUUCAGACAGGAUACAGGUGCUACAGAACAUGGUGCAUUGUGCAGACCUCAGUAACCCCACCAAGCCUCUGCAGCUGUACCGCCAGUGGACGGACCGCAUCAUGGAGGAGUUCUUCAGCCAGGGAGACCGUGAGAGGGAGCGUGGCAUGGAGAUAAGCCCCAUGUGUGACAAACACAACGCUUCAGUUGAGAAAUCCCAGGUGGGCUUUAUAGACUACAUUGUCCACCCGCUGUGGGAAACGUGGGCAGACCUGGUGCACCCUGAUGCCCAGGACAUCUUGGACACGUUGGAGGACAACAGGGAGUGGUACCAGAGCACCAUCCCGCAGAGCCCAUCCCCCUCACUGGACACAAAUACAGAUGGGCGGCGCAACACCACCCACGACAAGUUCCAGUUUGAGCUCACGCUGGAGGAGGACGGAGAAUCAGACACGGAAAAGGACAGCGGCAGCCCUCCAGACGAGGAGGACGAGGAGGAAGAGGAAGAAGAUGAGAACAGCUGCAGUGACUCUAAAACCCUUUGCACACAGGACUCGGAGUGUACUGAGUUCCCGCUGGAUGAACAGGUGACUGAGGGGGAGGAGGUAGGAGAGGAGCCGAGAGAGGAAGAGGGCGAGAUAUCAGAACCCUGUGUUUUAGUGGAACGAGAGGAGGAGGAGGAGGAAGAGGAGGAGGAAGAGGAGGAGGAGGAAGAGCAGGACACUGCCAAUACGUAACACAGUAUGAGAUAGCAUCCGGACUUUUUUAUACUAGACAUGAGAGCCACUUAUUUAUGGAUAAGCUGUAGGGUUUUUCAUAUUUUUUGUUUUUUUUGUGUAUGUGUGAACUGUACAUCUAUCCAAGAGUGUAUAUUCAUUUCCCUCUCACCGCCACUGACAACAUCCUUAUGAUCGUUUUACUUUUAUUUUUUUAACUCUUCAUCCAUGACUAGUGCCGUUUAAACCAUUUUUGUACUCAGGAAAGUCUUUUCCAUGAAACACACUUUUUUUGUAAUUUGUUAAUAUUUCUGUUUUUAACUAAGGUGGAAUUUAAAAGAGUUUUCAGUUUUAUUUGCCAAAACACCCAUCAGACCAUCUGUUUUUUAUCAAACUAGUGGUUUGGUGGGAGCUUCAUUGCAUGGAGACACAUGCAGCUGGUAGACGUUCACUACACAAUUCGAAUGUUAUUUCUUCCUCAAAGUCUAGAUCUACUUUAUUUGCAGUGCUUAGUGUAGAUAGACUCAUUACCAAAGCUAAUAGAAAUGACUCAUGGCACAAGGAAUUCAAACUGAAAAAAAAUUACAAUCGGCAACUGCCAAAGAGUGUUUUUGUUGUUGUUGUUGUUGUUGUUGGUAUUUUUAUGUUAUGUGACGUCUUUAUAACAUUUUUGUUCAUUAUUUAAUAGAAAGAGUGCUCCGUUUGGUGCAGGCCAUCAGUUACAUAAUAACUGACUCUAAUCAUCGUCUUUUUAUUUUUUAUUUUCUCGAUGUUGCUUAGGCAAGCCUUAAGAUUUUGUUGCCUGUCAAAAAAUAGACUAAACCAGAAGCUUCCUGCUUCUUCAUCUCAAAACAUUUUGCAAAAUCUGGGCUAAAGAUUCAUAUACAGGUCAAAAUGUAGAUGGCAAAUCCAGUAAUUGGUUGUUUCACUCUAUUGAUCCCUAAAUGUCUCUUUACUGCUUACUUUUAUUAGCUUACUGACCAAUUUAUUAGGAAUAUGUAAAAAAAAUGUGAUCUCUGCAACUUUACCCUUGACAUGGAUGUUAGUACAAUGAGGGGCUGGUUUGAGUAUUUCAGAAACCGCUGAUAUUUAAGAAUUUCACACAUAACGCACAGAAUUUUGUGAAAACAAAAAAAACUGUUGUUAUGUUCCUAACAAAAAGUGGAGGAUGUUUUUUGACAUUACAAUUAACAUGUGGUCAUUAGAACAUAUUGAUACUAAUGAAUACAUAAUUAACAAAGCAAUAUUUAACCAUCAUUAAAUAUUUAACUCUCAGUAAAGAUUCAAAGUUACAUCAAUGGUCAAAUAUGUUGAAUUAACUACCUUUCUAAAGGUUAAAGGUAAAUACUAUAAGUAUUGAUGGUAGCAACCCAGUGACGAGGAACAGUACAGUUUGGUAGCUUCAUUUUUGAAGGUUCAUUUGGUAUUCAACUAUUUUGUCUAUAUGAAGUAGAAGCUCUCUGGUUAAGGUGUUGGACUACUGAUCGGAAGGUCAUGAGUUCAAAUCCCAUGGCCACCAAGCUGCCACUGAUGUUCCUGUAAAUGAGAUAAAUGUAAGUUGCUCUGAAUAAGGGUAUCUACCAAAUGCUGUAGGAUGCGAAAGAUUACAUUGAAAACAGAAAAAACUGAAAACAAAAAAAAGGAACUGUUCAAUAUCUAGAAUAUUAAAUGUCCAGGAUUUCUAGGUCACUAUUUAAACAUAAGUGAAUUUGCAAUAUUGACUAACUCCUAUACAAGGCCAGUGAAGGAAGGAUGAAUGAAUUAUCAUGAAUCAUCAGGUUUUACACAAACGAGUGGAGUCCAUGCCAGCUCGAGUGCACAUAAAAGGUGAACGCAUAAAUUACUAAGGAAUUCAGAAAUUCAUAUUAAUAUUUCUUGCUGAUUUAUUGAUGGUGAUAUAAUUUGCAGUUAGCAGUUUUAAAACUAAUGCAAAUUAGAAGCAUUUUCAUUAGUAGUCUCAGACUUUUGGUCUCAACUGCAAACAAGCAAAGUCCUUCUAGCUGUAGCUCCUAAAUCUUUAGAUGACUGUGGAGAAGUACCAGUGCCAGGCAUGCAGCUCAAACUCAACACAGUUCUGUAUCAAUCACAUUAGUGCUUUAGCAUCUGUAAGCCAGUGAAUUCAUUGUGAAACUGCACUGCAGUGUGCUUCAAAGUAUAUAGCUGGUUAAGAUGAGCCUAAGGCUGAAGGCCAGUAAGUCUUCUUCUUUCUCUUCUUCUUCUUCUUCUUCUUCUUCUGCUUCUCUGUCUUUUUUCCCAUUCGUCUUCUGCUUCUUCAUCUUCUUCUUCUUCUUCUUCUUCUUCUUCUUUAUUCCUUAAAUGAUCACAGUGCUAAAACUGUCCCAGUACACCUGUUCAGUUCAUGUUCACCAUUAUGAGCCUCUUUCUAAUUUCUUAUCAUUAUUAUUGUUUCUGUGCUUGUAGCAUGGUGAAAUCAAAUCCUGUAGCAGCAUCAAGGUGACGAGUGAACAAGUCUGAGUAUAUUUUGAUUAGAAUGCAGUAACUGUAACGUAACCACUAGUUUUAAAAAAACAAACUGUAUAAAGACCCAACAUUUAGAAAUGGCCCAACCUUGGAUUUUUUUAUUUUUUUAUUUUUUAUUUCUUGUCAUUGCCAAAUGAUUUCCUCUCCAUCAGCAAUCCUCAGUCAGUUUCCUUGCUUUCAGUGGUUUCUCAUUUCUGUCCGUUUACAUGUAUUUAUUGUGCUGUACAGUACAUACUGUUGUUCUUACCAUGUUGUAAAUGAUUCUAUCAUCCCUAAUGGUGAUGGUGUUGCUGUAUUACAGAACUCUUAUUGAGAGAAUGUUUUAUUUUCUCUUCAGUAUACUAAGGACCCAUCUAUAAGCAUCUCCUACGAGAUCGUUUUGUGUGGAGGAGUGAAGAAAUCCAAUUUUAUGUGUGUUUUCUUUCUUUAGAGAAACAGCAGUCCCUUGGCCAGAGGGUUGUGCCUUAAUAAACUUUUUUAUUUAAGUUUCUUAUCUUCUCGCUGCACUAAAGAAAAAAAACUGCUGGCUGGAAUUGACCUUAAUGUAUUUUAUUGUUGUUUUCCUUAUUUUCAGGUGUAAGAGAUGAAUAUUUCUUUUUGUCAGUUGUUGAAAAAGGCCAGUAUGGAUGAUUGUUUGGUGUCACUACAUUUGGCAGCACACUGUAAUGCUGUUUUUUAACCAGAUCCGAUAGAUGUGUUUUUUCUAAGCUGUCAGCAUAUGAUUAUGUGCUAAACUUUGGAAAGAUGUGAUAUAUAUAUACGGUCCCCUCUGAAAAUAUUGGAAAGAAUUGAGAUCAAAAUUCUUGGGCUUUUUUUGCUAGACACUGUAGACACUGAUGGUGAAUAUGGGACAACAGAUCAGAAUUUCAGCUUUCAUUUCUUGAUAUUUACAUCUACAUGUGUUAAACAUCUUUAGUACAUCUUUGGCAUAAGGCAUCUUUGGAGGCAGCUCAACCAAUUUUAUAGGACUGUAUUUUAGUUUGUAUGAAUUCCUCUAAAUUGGUAGAAAGAAUGUUUCGAAUUGUUUUAGAUCUUGUUGCAUGGCCUCUAUAAUUCUACUCUCAAUUUCUUCUUUUAAAAUGGAUGAUUGUGAAACCUUCACCUCUGUUGUCAUCUGCUGUUGUUUUCUUGCCUGGCUUUUUCUAUAUCUGGCUGUUAGUACACCAGUGGUUUCUUCCUUAUUAAGGACAUAACAGAUUGGAUAUAUAGGCUACACUCAAUUUUUGUUCAGUGGCUCUGAUUGAUUUUCCUUCAUUUCUCCCACAGAAAAUGUUUAUUUCAUGUUCCGUUGUCCUUUUUUAUGACAAAUUUUCAACUCAAAUGAAACCCAGAGAUCGAAACCAGACGUAGAUGUUCAGAGCUGAUAAUCACGACACACCUGGGAAACAGGAAACACCUAUCAGUCACAUGUUCCAAUAUUUCUGAUGACUGAUCUAUAUGUAUUCAGUAUCAAUAUAUAAAAGCUGAGCUAAGCUGAGCUUCUGAUCUGUUGUCUAAUAUUAUGUUUUGAUCCCAAACCCAAAUGUCUUCCGUGUAAAGCAAAAAGAAAAGAAUUUGCCUUGCUGUUCCGAUACAUUCGGAUGAGACGGUAUGAAUGUGUGCCAAAGCAGAAUUUGAUCGCUCUAGUUUGGUGUAAAUUGAUGGGUUUAUUUUUUUUAUUUUUUUUUUUUUUUCAUUUAGUCUGACUGGAUUCUCAGUCUGUGUUAAUAAUUAACUUGACUGAAGCAAAUGAUUCAUGCUAGAUCAUUACAAAUAGAAUUUUUUACUGACAUCUGUGUAACAUGCAAUAUGAAAAGAAAAACACUUUGCAUUUCCAUUGGGGACAUUAGGCUUUUUCAUUUUGGAUAAAGGAUGGUAUGUCUUUAUAAACUCCAAUCCUUGAGUGGAGACUAAUUUUGACACAUAUACUGUAGAUUCCUAAUUGCCCUAAAUGGAUAGAAUCAGUGGCUCUGUUUCCUUUUUUUUAUUCAUUCCAUCUUUUUACAUCAUCAGAAAAGAAGCUAUUUAGGGAUAACUAUUUUUUGUUAUGUGACUUGAAUGCCAACUUAUCUGGAGGUUUCACAAGACAAUGUAGUUGUUUAAUGGAUUCCUUAUUUAUGACAGUCUAUUGGAUAGAACUGUAGAAGUUAAACUUAUAAAAAAAAAAUUAAAAUUGAAUAAAAAUGUUUUAUAUGCACCAGAAUAAAUGAAAGCAUGGGUUGACUGCGUA